AUAGUGAAAACGGGACGCUGUUGAAUGAACGACUAGACAACACUUCACAUGGGGUACGGCCUAUGCCCCCAGAGCUGAUCCAUCGGGCAAUAUUUCGUGUACUAGAGGGGCUUCGCGGCCUGUAAAUUUCAGCACAAAAUGGUUCCCGGGGCUACAGCGGAGAACACGGCCAAAGCUGGCCGGAUCAAACCAGCAAAGGGUAAUUUGAAGACUACAAGAGAGCGUACAAGUGUUAUGGACAGAGAAACGCCGUUCAAGGGACGCUCGAGCCUGAAGGAUAACUAUGAGAGGGCUGUGUCCGGCCGUGAGCAGUGGUGGCGUGUGGACAUCCGAGAAACACCGGUUCCGGGUGCCUAUGAGAGUCGCAACUUUCUGGUGGACCUGGAGGAGCGGCCGGCCACCUACACCUUCAAAGGCGAGGGUCGGAAGAAGGGUGCCGACGCACAGCGCAAAGGCGCUGUUCUAUUACCAGGCGCCUACGAGGCUAAAGAUCUCGUCUACGACCUAAAUCAGACGAGAUACACGUAUUCAAUGAGGAACACAUCACGAGCAAAGAAUGAACUACCAGGAGUUAAAGACAAGGAUUGCAACGUUUGUCCAACGGAAUACCCCAUGGAAAGAUAUCUGACAGUCUCCUGUGAAAAGCAACCCUCGAAACAUCCAAUGUUUAAAUCCGCGUCACAAAGGUUUCCAACGAUUUAUUUUCAAGGGACGAAGAAUCCCCCACCCGACCGAUACCAAUCAUACACGCCGGAACCAAUGCACGUUAUUUCGUCAAGUUUCAAAUCGAGGACGCCGAGGUUUUCAACAUCACAUACUAAAGUUCCAGGUCCCGGUUCGUAUGACAAGACUUUCCAGUCUCCAAUGCCGGCCACAAUCUCCAAGAUGGGCAGAAAUCACGGCUUAUUCUUCACCAGUGCAUUUAACUUAUGAACUAUCGUCAGAACUCUCAUCUUCAAAAUGUCAACAAAGUUUUAUUGCCUAUUACAGACAUGCAUACCGAUAUUCCAGUCAUGUAUCAUGCCUAUUUUAACCAGAAAGAUUUGAGUGAAGUCUGAAUAAAAAUGGUCGCUGAAAAAGA